AAUGAAGCUUCUAUCUGGGAACAGACCUGCACUAGCAUCCGCCGGUACCACUCAAGUCCGAGGGAGUGCGAAACAACAUUUACAUCUUCAGAGGCGCUCUCGAACAGUUUGGCUCCGAGUCUAAGGUUUCGGUUUUGAAGAUGCGCGACAUCGUCUUUAAGUUUUUGGCGUUCGCGGCUGCUUCCGCCAUAUCGACGGAAAAUUUACGUUUUUCCGAUCGACAAUACAACGAUUGGUUCCGGCAGGGACGUUCUUCGGAAAUAAUCGCCGGUAACCUCGCGGCUGCCACCGAAGGUAACUCCACCACGACCACUACAUCAAACGCAGUUCCAAAAUCGACGUUUUACCACCCUGUGUCGACAAUUAUCACCAAUAACAGCAACGAUUCCACCAACAAAAUAAAAAGUACAACCCCUAUUACAACAACCACCGAGUUCGAUGUGACGGACACCACGCUGUUUGAUUCCACCACGUACGAAGAUGAAAAAACUACAGAGGAACCAAGGGAUUUCUAUCAAACGAAGCUAGAAAAGACCGAGGUGAAGAUCGCCUCCAACAUAAGCCAGAACCUGCUUCCAUUGCCAGCCGUCCCCGGAGCUGCAGCCGGAGCCUUGAUUAAGCCCACCAAGUAUCACUAUUUUCCGCAUAAUCAGCACAUCUAUCUACUACCAGAGUGCGCCAUCCAACAGGUCUGCAACGCCGUCUACGUCCGGCUAAACUGGACGCAACCGCUCUGCGCGUGCCCGUCGAGAUACAGAGAACCCUGUUCGGCCAGCUUGAAUUCUGACGAUCUGCAUACGACACAAUUGGCAACAAACGGAAACUCCAAAGCCCUCACGUUAGUGAAAACUUGCGAACAAACGGCCGAUAUGAGACUGUGUAAAGCACCGAGAGAUUGGUCUCUUCUGGCUCUCCAGAACAUCAGAACGGGGAAAUCCCACUACCUGGUCAUCUGUAGGUGUACCAGCUCGAGCAUCCUCGAGGGACCCAUGUCACAUCCGCAACCAUCGUACGCCAGCGUGCCUGGAAUAAGGGUGUACGGGAUGGUCUGUGUGAAUCACAAGAGGAGAGCAAGAAACGACAGGGGGCGGAAGCCCAGGUCGACGACCGCGAUGCCGUUCCCGUGGGACAAGGUCGAGAAGUUCGCGAAAGCCGCUCAAUGGGACUGAACAUUUGUGAUCGCGUGAAUCGAAACGCGCCAUAAAUACGCAAUGUUUUAAAUUAUUUCUCAAUUUAACUUAUAACUUCUAUUUCGUUAGAUAUUCAUUUUUUUUAAUAAGAAUUUUAGAUAUUUAAGAACAUUUUUGUGUAAUCCAUUAGAUUUAAUACAUUUUUUAUUAAGGCAAAAAC